GCAACGAAAACAUCAACCGUGACCUGGGCAUCCUCGCAAUGAAAGAUUAAAUACAGAAGCAAAAAGUGACCUAAAAAAAAAACUGUCCUCGCACCCUUUUUUUUUGGCUCGGGCAUUGACUUGGGUUUCUAUCGGAUCUAACCUUCGACACAACGACCUUCGAUUCGACCAGCAAUAUUUUUUUAGAGCCGUCUAACUCUGUAUCGUCAAUAUGACUGUUAGUUAGGUUAAAAAUUUAAGACUUGACGCACCUCUUGUUAGUCUAGCUAAGAGAAGAUGCAAGAAAUAAAGGCAAGUUAAAAAAAUUUAUUAUUUAAGGCUUGAUUAAGCACUUUCUUUUUCCACAAGUUUUCUUCCUAUAAACAUUUUUUUUUUAAUUAUAUAACGUUUUUUACAGUGUAGUGCUUCCAGCUCUACCAAUUUUAUUUAUUUAAAUUUUUUAAUUUUAAACUCAAAUGAUUUUUAAUAAUAAUAAUAAUAAAUUCUAUCAGGAAUUAUCAAAUCAUACAUUAAUUAUCAAAUGUGUGAUGAACUUUAUGUCAAACAGGAAAAUAAGAGUUUGUGCCAAUGAUAACACCUCAAGAAUACACCCACUCCACAAUGGCAUUACGUAGAGAUAUCCCCCCUCUUGGUAGUACUUUUUCUCAUUGCGUUCAAAAGUCUCUCAGAUAUAAUCGAGAAGCACAAUGAACUUCAACACACAGCAGUGUUGCCGUUUUAGCCUUUUUCCGGACAGAUCUGUCCGGUUUUUAACUGCGUCAGCCUUUUUCCUUUUUCUAUUUUGAUCUGGCCUUUUUUAUCCGUUUUUUAUUUUUGUGUAAAGUGCUGAAAAGUAAUCCAAAUGUACAUUACUUUUAUAUCGAUAGCAGCACUUUUAAAUUAAUGCAACUCUGUUGUACUCGUAUAUAUCGAUAUACAGUGCUACAAUUGUUACUUUUAUUGUGAAAUUUGUGCGGGAAAGAUGCCAAAAGAAAUUUACAAGCAAAAGUUGCGUGAUUCAUGGCUAAAUCAGCCGGAUCUAAUGCAGUGGAUGUGUCGUGACCAAAAAGACAAUGAAAAGGCGUACUGUAAAUACUGCAAAUGCAGUAUAAACCCGAAAAUUGACCAAAUCCGUGCACAUAUGGUGACGAAAAAGCACAUACAAAAUGCGCAGCCUUAUGCCCAGGCAAAUAAAAUUAAUUUUAAGCCGAUAGCAACAAACGCAGUUUGUAAACAAGAAGCGGCACUGGCUAUUUUUGUUGCACAGCAUGCUGCCACAAAUCCAGUUGGCCACCUCAGCAAAUUAUGCAGUAGUCAUUUUGGCGCCAAAGAUUUGAGGUUGCAUAGGACCAAGUGCACCAAUAUAAUUAAAAACGUUCUAGCAGUCCACUUCAAUGAGGACCUAAGGAAUGACAUUGGAGACGAAAAAUACAGUCUGCUUGUUGAUGAAUCGACUGAUAUAAGCACCACUAAAGUUCUUGGUGUUGCUAUAAUUUUCUACAGCGCAAAGCGAUUGGAAAUCACUUCGACAUUUUUGUGCUUAAUUUCAAUUGAAAGUGGAGACGCGCAAAGCCUUACAAAUAGCCUACUGGAAAAAUUAAAAAUCCUCAAACUUUCCAUUGGCAAUUUAAUUGGAAUUGGCACUGAUAAUGCCAAUGUAAUUGUGGGUAAUAAGAAAAGUUUGAAUGUAGAAUUGAAGAAGUCGGUGCCGUCAUUAGUUUUGAUUAAGUGUGUAUGCCAUUCCGUGCAAUUGGCCGUAAAUGCUGCUUGUAAGCAGGCUUUGCCACAAUCACUGGAAUUCAUAGUGAGCGAAACAUACGCAUGGUUCUGCAAAAGCUCUUGUAGGCAAAUUGCUUACCGCAAGCUGUAUCAAGCCAUAAAUAAUGAUGAGAUUAUCAAACAAUGUCUUCGUUUUUUAUACUAAUUAUAUACUAAAAUGUAAGAUUUGUAUUUGUGUUUGUCGAAGAGUAUAUAGAUAAUAUGUAAUAUAAUAAAUGAAUUUUCAGUUAAACAAUUUUUUUUACAAUUAUUUCUUAAGGCUCCUCUUAAA